ACACUUUUCAUAUCGGCACCAAACAAGAAGAUGUUUCGUUAGCCACUUUGUUAGCUGCUAUCCACGUCGGGAAGUUGCAAUAUUGUUUUUGACAACUUAAUCUUGAAGAAACGAUGCGGGUUGUCGGUAGUUUGCAAGUGAGGGUUAACGCGUCAGGCUUCUUUAUUUGCGAAAUUUAAGAACCGGACAAAUACCGAAGCUAGUUAGCUUAGCUUAGCUAACGGUGUCGAGGCCAGCGGCUGUAACGUCUCUGUUUGGUUAACGUGGAUGUUUGGUGGCUGGCUGAACAAAACUAAUAGCUAUCGUUGACUAACAGCUACUGUCCGGGGCAUGCUGUUUAACUGGACGAGCACGAAUAAAAGUCCGUGUUAAAAGUGUUGGUGGAGGUUGUUUUUGAUGGUGUAUCUUAGCAGGAGAUUAGCCUAAGAGAAAAGUGCAGUCAUGGACGAUUUUAGCUCGAUCAGUUUGCUGUCCCUUGCGAUGUUGGUGGGAUGUUAUGUAGCCGGGACGAUACCUUUAGCAGUCAACUUUUCAGAGGAAAAGCUGAAGCUGAUCACUGUGCUGGGAGCAGGGCUGCUUUGUGGGACCGCACUUGCUGUUAUCAUUCCUGAAGGGGUCCAUGCACUUUAUGAAGAAAUCCUUGAAGGUGGACACCACAGUCAUGGGCAGGUUGGAGGCGUGGAGGCAUCCGAGCCAAAGGUUGAAGCAGACGCUGCCCUUGGUGCCAGUGGGAAACAUGAACACAGUCAUGAGCAGCUUCAUGCCUGCAUCGGAGUGUCUCUGGUCCUGGGCUUUGUUUUUAUGCUCCUGGUGGACCAGAUAGGCAGUUCUCAUGUGCAUAACACUGAAGAUCCAGAGUCAGCAAGAGUCACCUCUUCGAAAAUCACCACCACCCUGGGUCUUGUGGUCCAUGCUGCAGCUGAUGGAGUUGCACUUGGAGCUGCUGCCUCUACCUCUCAAACCAGUGUUCAGCUCAUUGUCUUUGUAGCUAUCAUGCUUCAUAAGGCCCCAGCAGCGUUUGGCCUGGUAUCUUUCCUGAUGCAUGCUGGUCUUGAGAGGAACCGCAUCCGCAAACAUCUCCUGGUCUUCGCCCUGGCAGCGCCUGUUCUUGCCAUGCUCACAUUUUUAGGCCUCAGUCAGAGCAGCAAAGAGGCCCUUUCAGACAUCAACGCCACCGGUGUCGCCAUGCUCUUCUCCGCUGGCACUUUCCUCUACGUGGCCACCGUCCACGUCCUGCCUGAGGUCGGGGGUGGCGGCCACAGCCACGCUCCCGCAGGAGGGAACGGGGGCAAAGGACUGAGCAAGGUGGAGGUGGGAGCUCUGGUGCUGGGCUGCCUCAUUCCUCUGGUGCUGUCUGUCGGUCACCACCAUUAGACCCACGGUUCAGGACGGAUUUAAGACAGGUGUACAGGGGAAAGAAGCAGAAACAGAGACUUCAAACAUUGUGGAUUUAAAUGUCUUAUUGCUUGUCUGCUGAUGAACCUCGUGGACCAGACUGGUGCUCAUUGCGGGGACAUCGUAUGACUCGAAACCCAAGUUGAAACAGGGAGUGAAUGAUGUUAAGGAAAUCAGAGUUGUUGCAGGGACAACCGAGGCAUUUUUUUUUCUACUGACGACGAAACAUGGUACAGCCACUGUAUGUUUCCAUUUAUGCCACCAGAUAUGUUGAUCUUUUUCUGAGAGGCCAGAGGACAGAUAGUUUAUUUAGAUCACUGUGGAGUUUUCAGUGUUGCAUUAUCGUGCUUGUCCAAAGUCGAAGAACUAACCCUGAUUUCAGUGAUGUUUUGCUAGAUGGCAGUUGCACAGUGAGAUUUAGAUGAUCUUGAUUAGGCUUAUGAUAUCAAGAAAGCAAAGUGUUUUUUAUAUAUAUAUAUAAUUGUACAGAUCUCUUAGCAACGAUCCAGACUGAUUUGAACUGAUUUUUCAAGUGCCAUAUUAGGAAGUUUGAAACAGACCCCCGAAGAAAUGGCGCCGUAAGGACAUUACAGUUUGUAGAGGACGUUCCUUUCUUAUUUUCCUGGCGGCCAACUGUGAAGCAGGAUGAGGGAUCAGCCUGAUUAACCAGCCAGAUGCAUCAACAAUUUUUACUUUGGUUGAGUUUGUGGAGGUUUAUCCUGUUAGAAAAAUCGGUUGCAACAAGCUGUUUCCUGGCCUGAUGAUGGAAGCCGAGUUAGGAUGGAUACUAACAGGGUGUUUUCAUAUAAAACCACGUGCUGAUAUUUAUGAUCAGCUAAAACGUGAGCCUUUGGUAAGGACAAGACGCAACUAGCCUCCAGGUAUCACAAGAUUUGUCCCUUUUUAUUUUACCUUAUCAGUUUCCUGAUGUGUUUAUUUUUCUUCUGUUUUACAUGGAGAAUAAUUAUAAAUGGAAAUUGCAGGAAAAGUCUGUAUUGGACUGUCUUAAGUGACUAUGAGUAAAGAGUGUUACUAAGCUUAUUUACAGGUGGAGGGUUAUUUCAGCCGCUCUGAAUGAAUGAAUGAAUGGUUUGACUUUAUAGAGGCCAUUAACUGGACGAACUCAUGCAGGGACCAUCGGCUCAGGAGGACAGACAUAUUACUGAUUUUGUGACAAUUUUGAACAAGCCUUUUUUUUUUUUUUACUUCGUUUGCUCCUCAGUAAUUAAUUAUACCUGAGCAAUAAUUGUAAAAAAUCAGAAAAACGUGAAAUCGGGGGGGGAGUCACUUCUCUCUCAGGAGUGCAGCGGAGUCUGAAAUGGAUACAGAGAGUGUGUUGUGUGAUUCGCAUAUCAAGAUCUGCCAGAUGGAUGCUCUUGAGCGCAGCCUUGCCCUGACAUCCCCGUCUCUGCUCCAUUAAAACGUUAAUGUUGAUGCAUUGAAAUCCAAGGUGGCUGCUCCCUCUUCUAUCGGGACACAUGGAUCUUGCGAGUGUUUCUCUUUCACUGUGCCUGCUCACAGCAGAGCUUGUGUGUGUAUAUGUAUGUAUACUGUACAGAGUAACUUCUUCCUUCCACAAUCAUGAUGAUCUCUAGUGUGAGACCGAACGGCUUUCUCACAAAUUUUUAUUUUAAUUUAAUUUUUUUUUUUUUGGUCAUGGACGGAGUGUUUGUUGUAGUACAGACACAAGAGGCUACAGACAGUCUGAGGAGUCUCUGUUUUAUGUGUAAAUUUAACAUUUUUACUAUCAAAUUGUCAGUUAAUUCCAGCUUCUUUGACGAGAAAAACUCAAAUGUGAUGUUUUAGCUUCAUUGUGUGAUUGCGAGAGAAAGUGGUGGGUCGCAUGCAGACCAGCAGCUGCAUGACGGUUUUCUUUUUUUAUGGGACGCUGUGUAUGUAUCACAAAAGGGAAACACACACCACUGUGUUGCUUUAUGCCCGGGCAUGUUGGCGGACAGCCCCGUUAUGUGCAGUUUCAUCUUUCUAAACAAUGUUACCUCAGAAAUGUCAGAAAAUUGUGAAAAAUGCUUGUCACAAGUUCCCAGAGCCAUAGGUCAUGUGUUGGAAUAUUUUUCUUUGUUCGACCAACAGUCCAAAAAUCCAAAUAUAUCCAUGCAAAUAUAUACAUCCUCAUCUCUCAUCUAUUAAGAGUUUUACAUUCAAAAACUAACAUAAAAUACUGAAAUCUCUCAUGUAGAACAAUCAAAACUGUUCUGCCUUUGGCAGAAAAUGUUUUCAGAGCCUUUGAAGUUCUCUCAUCUCAUGUUGGUCACAUUACUUCUUUUGGGGAAGAGUAUGAAGGAACAAUUGAUAAAAUAGUUCUAAGAAGAUGUUUAAUUUCUGGAGGUGAGCAAAAACUGAAUUUUCAAGGGGUGUUAAAUUAAUUAAACUUUAAAAAAAAUGAAACCCAUUGGAUUAGCUGAAAAAAAGGUAUCACAAAACAGAACAGGGCUCAAAAAAAGUAAAUGCUUUGGAGAUGAAAGGUUUUCACAACGAGUAACAGGUUUCGUAUGGUUUAGUUUAUAAUUUUACAGAAAUAAUCUUCAUAAUGUUUAGUCUUGAACAUGUUUAAUCAUGUUUACUGACAUAGUUAAAGCCAUUUUUAAAUUUAGUUAAUAGUUGAUUUUUUUUUUUUUAGUUUGGCCCCUUAAAGUCAGGUUCGUAGUGUUAGUCUGACUAUUUUAAAAUGCAGUAACCAUCACAUUUACGUAAUUUUGCCCAUGUCUACAUGUAACAUCUUUGAUUAUACACGUAUGUAAAUUAAAAUGGUGUGCUUCAGAAGCUCUUUAAAGCUCUUUUUAACAGGACUACACAACACACAAACAGGAAGAGAUAACAGCACAUACUGGGGCUGUUUCACUCUGAAUCAGGAAAGUUUUAGGAUCAGGUUCAUAUUUGUAGUAGCUUCAGUCGGGGUAGGGUGUGUCUUUUAUUUUAUUUUUAUUUUCUUUCAUUCCAGGAUGAGUCUGCCUUAUUUCCAGAUUUUGAAUUGUGAAGUUGUAAAGCAAUGUGUUUUAUGACAACUAAAUUAAAGGUUUUUUAACUGG